AUGGUUGAAUUCACGGAUAUUGAUAAGCUAGCGAUCUCUACUAUGAGAUUGCUAGCAGUGGAUGCUGUCUCCAAGGCCAACUCUGGUCACCCAGGUGCUCCAUUGGGUAUGGCUCCAGCUGCCCAUGUCUUAUUGAGACACAUGCGUUUGAACCCAAAGAACCCAGAGUGGAUCAACAGAGACAGAUUUGUUCUUUCCAACGGUCACGCCUGUGCCUUGUUGUACAGUAUGUUGCACUUGACCGGUUACGAUUUCUCUAUUGAGGACUUGAAGCAAUUUAGACAAUUGAACUCUAAGACCCCAGGUCACCCUGAAUUCGAAUUACCAGGUGUUGAAGUCACCACUGGUCCAUUGGGUCAAGGUAUCUCCAACGCUGUCGGUAUCGCUAUCGCUCAAGCCAACUUCGCCGCUACUUACAACAAGCCAGACUUCACCUUGUCUGAUUCCUACACUUACUCAUUCUUGGGUGAUGGUUGUUUGCAAGAAGGUGUUUCUUCUGAAGCUUGUUCUUUGGCUGGUCAUUUGCAAUUGGGUAACUUGAUUGCUAUCUACGAUGACAACAAGAUCACCAUUGAUGGUGCCACUGAUGUCUCUUUCACUGAGGAUGUCUUGAAGAGAUACGAAGCCUACGGUUGGGAAGUCUUGACCGUUGACAACGGUAACGAGGAUUUGAACUCCAUCUCUGCUGCCAUUGAGAAGGCUAAGCAGUCUAAGAAUAAGCCAACCUUAAUCAAGAUGAGCACCAUCAUUGGUUUCGGUUCUCUACACGCUGGUUCUCACUCCGUUCACGGUUCUCCUUUGAAGGCCGAUGAUGUCAAACAAUUGAAACAAAGAUUCGGUUUCGACCCAGAACAAAGUUUCGUUGUCCCACAAGAAGUUUACGACUUUUACCAAAAGUCUGUUGCUCAACCAGGUGCCAAGUUGAACGCCGAAUGGGAUCAACUAUUCGCCAAAUAUCAAAAGAAGUAUGCUCAAUUAGGUAAAGAUUUGGCUAGAAGACUAAGUGGCAAACUACCAGAAAAGUGGGAUUCAAAGUUGCCAACAUACACUCCAGCUGACAGUGCUAUCGCUACCAGAAAGCUAUCCGAAAUGAUCAUCGAAGACAUCUACGCUGAAUUGCCAGAAUUGAUCGGUGGUUCUGCCGAUUUGACCCCAUCUAACUUGACCAGAUGGAAGGAAGCAGUCGAUUUCCAACCACCAUCCACUGGUCUUGGUGACUACUCCGGUAGAUAUAUCAGAUACGGUAUCAGAGAACACGGUAUGGGUGCUAUCAUGAACGGUAUCUCUGCCUUCGGUGCUAACUACAAACCAUACGGUGGUACUUUCUUGAACUUCGUCUCUUACGCUGCUGGUGCCGUCAGAUUGUCCGCUCUAUCUGGUCACCCAGUUGUUUGGGUUGCCACUCACGAUUCCAUCGGUUUGGGUGAAGAUGGUCCAACCCAUCAACCUAUCGAAACUUUGGCUCACUUCAGAGCUAUCCCAAACUUGGGUGUCUGGAGACCAGCUGACGGUAAUGAAGUUUCUGCUGCUUACAAGAAUGCUUUGGAAUCUACUCACACUCCAAACAUCAUUGCUUUGUCCAGACAAAACUUGCCACAAUUGGAAGGUUCUUCUAUUGAGAAGGCUUUGAAGGGUGGUUACGUUCUACAAGAUGUCGCCAAACCAGACGUUAUCUUGGUUGCUACCGGUUCCGAAGUCUCUCUAUGUGUUGAAGCCGCUAAGGUCUUGAAGGAAAAGAACGUCAACGCACGUAUCGUCUCCUUGCCAGACACUUUGACUUUUGACAAACAACCAGAAGAAUACAGAUUUUCUGUUCUACCAGACAACGUUCCAAUCAUGUCCGUCGAAGUCCUAAGUACCUCUGGCUGGUCCAAAUACGCUCACCAAUCUUUCGGUCUAAACAGAUUCGGUGCUUCCGGUAAGGCCGCUGACGUUUUCAAAUAUUUGGACUUCGUCCCAGAAGGCGUCGCUUCCAGAGCUGAAAAGACCGUUUCUUUCUACAAGGGUAAGGACGUUGUCUCUCCAUUGAGAACUGCCUUUUAA